AUGAGCGGCACGGAUGUCUUGUCGUUGGACUUGGGCGGCGAGACGGCAUCUGGGCACACCCAGAUAAUUGACUUUGCGAAGGAAGAGCUUGCAAUACAGGAGGCUACAGAUGAAAUAUCUCUGGAUAUUCAUGAUGAGUCUUUAGUGAUCGCCUCUCCAGAUAUGCUCUUUCCUUCGCAUAAGCGGAGGCAGCAAUACUCACCUGCAGGUUCUCCUCAAAUGAACAGGCUUUCUCAGAAGUUACAGUCCAUCAAGGUGCUCACUAGUUUAGCAAUAAAUACGAUACACCGGAUGCGAAGGGAGCACAUAGUCCAGGGCCGCACACUUUUACCAUCUCAUCUUCCAACAAUUACUGAUGAUGCAAACAAGAUCCUUUCCACCUCCCGGGCGCACAGAUGCUAUUUCCGCAUGGUUCUGGUUAUGCUCUUUAUAUAUGACAAGUAUGUCUUGCUUCCUGCAGGAGUUAUCAUGGUGGUUGUCUCUGUCAUGUCCAUUAUCCAUGUAGGACAUUCCAUGGUAAGGGCCUACAUGGAGUAUCCACACAUGGUCCUGGACACGGUGCAGUACCUAGAGGUGAUCCGAAGUAUUACGCUGGUCCUGCUUGUGGCCGAACUGUUUGACUCCCUCCUCACACAGAUCAGUACGGGGUAUGAUCACAUCCGGUCCAUUAUUCUCAUAGGGAUCAUGGCGUCUGCGCGGCAGCUCAUCUUCAUCGACCUCGACAGUCAUUCCUUCGCAGAACUGGUAGGCUUCGGGAGCCUCUGCCUCUCUCUGGGUGCUGCGUUCGCGCUCCUCACCGCCGACCCACCGAGGAUCUAG